AGCAGCCAGAGUAGGCCAGCAGAGAGCUGUGGUGUGUUGUGGUGUGAGCGCGCGCGGGCCCCAGCAGCACACGACGACGACGACGACAAACGAAGAAGAAGAAGCAGGACAGUGCCAGAGUGAGUGCGUGUGUGCAGCAGCAGCAGUCAAACGGAGAGAAUUCGCUUUUGCAAUCGCGAAUUUCGCACAUUUCGGGGUGAAAUUUGGAGCUGCUCUUUGCGCGGAGGAAACGGCGCACACUUCCGGUGUGGGUGGUGCGUUCGUGGGCGUGUGCGUGCGUGAAUAGAGUUCAACACCGUUGAAGCGGAGAAUCGAUCCAACACCACCCUGGAGUAGAUUCCAGCAACAAGAGAAAAAUCGAAGCAAAAAAGUGUAAUUAGUGUGCGUGCGCCGCGUGUGCGAGUGUGUGUGAGUCUGAAAUAAGCAAACAAACGAAGCGCGAAAUAGCCUCAAAAUCGCCUCAACCAUGAAUGAGUUCAUCGUGGCCGGCAAGUACCGGAUCAUCCGGAAGAUCGGGUCCGGCUCGUUCGGCGACAUCUACCUGGGCAUCAACAUCACGAACGGCGAGGAGGUCGCACUCAAGAUGGAGAGCCUGACGGCGCGGCACCCCCAGCUCAUGUACGAGUACAAGCUGUACAAGGUGCUGAUCGGCGGCGUCGGCAUCCCCCACAUCCGGUACUUUGGCCAGGAGCGCAACUACAACGUGCUGGUGAUGGACCUGCUCGGCCCGUCGCUCGAAGAUUUGUUCAACUUUUGCAGCCGCCACUUUACGAUCAAAACCGUACUGAUGCUCGUGGACCAGAUGAUUGGCCGGCUGGAGUACCUCCACAUGAAGAACUUCAUCCACCGGGACAUCAAGCCGGACAACUUCCUGAUGGGCAUCGGGCGGCACUGCAACAAACUGUUCAUGAUCGACUUUGGGCUGGCGAAAAAGUACCGCGACUUCCGGUCCCGCAUCCACAUCAUGUACCGCGAGGACAAGAACCUGACCGGGACGGCCCGGUACGCGUCGAUCAACGCCCACCUCGGCAUCGAGCAGAGCCGCCGGGACGACAUGGAGUCGCUCGGGUACGUGAUGAUGUACUUCAACCGCGGCUCGCUGCCCUGGCAGGGCCUGAAGGCGACCAACAAGAAGCAAAAGUACGAAAAGAUCUCCGAGAAGAAGAUGUCCACGCCGAUCGAGGUGCUGUGCAAGGGCUUCCCGGCCGAGUUCGCGAUGUAUCUCAACUACUGUCGCAGCUUGCGGUUCGACGAGGGCCCCGACUACAUGUAUCUGAGACAAUUGUUUAGAAUCCUAUUCCGCACGCUGAACCACCAGUACGACUACACCUUUGACUGGACGAUGCUGAAGCAGCGAGGGAUCCUGAAGGGUGGCACCAACGCGCUGCCGCACGCGGCCGGCGAGGGCGGCGCCCGCGAGGAGCGGCGCGAUAAGGAUAAGCAACCGACGGAAACUGAGAAAUAGAAAUUUUAAAAUUCUUUUUUUUUAUGUAUAAAAUAUAUAAUAUUACCGUAUGAAAAAACUGAGUAAACUUAAACAAUACAAAAAAGGAGAGAAGCGGCGCGAAAAGCAAGAAGAAGAAACGUGGAAAUUGAAGGAGUAGGGUGGAGUAACACACACACACACAAACAAGCUAAGCGCGGCCCGACACAGUUUGCGAUGAGUGAUUGAGAGAGAGAGCGCGCGCGAACGAGAGAGGGAAGAGAAAACGAUGAUAAGUUUUGUGAAGGUGGGCGCGGUUGGGAGAGCAAGAGAGAGAGAAAAAGAACGAGAGAGCAGCUUAAAGCGAAUUACGAGAGAAAGGAGAUCAGAACAGAGAAAUACACGAAAACACACACACACAUUUGUAGGAGAUGGAGAACAAAACGAGUGACGAUGUGAGAGAACAAUGAAUUAAUAAAGAGAGAGAGUUGAAGAAGAAAAAGAGGUGGAAACAAAACAUUAGCAAACUCUAACUUUAAUUAAACAAAAAAAAACAACAACAACAACAAAAGUAUGUAAAAUUAAAUAUAAUUAUUAGUAAUUUAAAUAUUGAUUGGAAGUAGGACGAGGCGAAGAAGGAGGCAGAAACAAAGCAAAGCAAACAAAACAAAAAAAACCCGAACGCCGUUUUUUCUAGAGCAAAAAAUAAUAAAAGUGAAAGGUAAAAAAUAUACAGAAUAAGAGAAAGCGUUAAGAGAUGAGAGAUUUUCCGCUCACACGCGAGAGAGGGAGAGUGGCGAGCCAAACGAAAAAAAAAACAAAAUGGCGGACGAAAAAAAAACAACAGAACUGCAAAUGAACAAACUUCCUCUCCACGUCUGCCGUUCGCGCGCUUGGUCGAUGAGGCAUCUUUCGUUUGGUCGCUCUCGCGCUCCGUGUGAGCCGCUCAUCUCACCAAUACUACUACAAUUACACUGGAUUCACUCUCACACAGAAACACACAAGCCCACACACUAUUACUAAUAUUAAAAAUUGAGAGACAAGCAGCAAAACUCACCAAUACAAACAAAACUCCAUUUCUUUGUCGCGUCGUGAUUGUUCGCCCCUUUUUCACCACACACACUCACAAACACAUGCUAAACAAACAAACAAAAAAUUCAUCUCAUUCUCAUCGUCAUUUUCAUUCACAAAAGAAGAAAACAAAACAAAGCGAUUAUCAACAACAAAGUGGACAACUCUAUUAUUAAAAACAAAACAAACAAAUAACUAUUAUGCGUAACAAACGUAAGCAAACAUUGAGCGAAAGAGACGAAGAGAAGCAACCAAUAAAAAGCAAACAACAAAAACAAAACAACCAGCAAGUGUUUGUCUAAUGUUUUCGUUUUCCAAUUUCCUAGUUUUUAGUUUGAAAUCACUCAUUUUUUAAAGGUUAAACAAAAGAGAGAGAGAGAGAGAGGAAGCAAGCAACAGCAACAAGCAACUCUUGUUUUCUUUUUCUUGUCUGAGAAAUCUAAGCGCGAAACGGACGCGAGAACAAUAACAGCCAACAAAAGAAAAUGCAAAACAGACAAACAGCAAGAGAGAAAAAAAAACAUAAACAAAUGAAACAAAAAAAUAGGAAAAAAAACAACUAAAUAAAUAAGAAACAACAACAAACAAAAAAAGAGCGUUGGGAAGCUUCUCAAAAGGCACACACACACACACCUAGGACUAGGACACGAUGGUUGACGAAGAGGAGGAAGA